AGACGCGGGCCCGGCUCCCGGUCCUCCGCUCCGCCAGGGCGGCGGCCGCGGCGGCCCGGCCCGGUGGCGGCGGCGGCAUGGCGGGCGGCGGGGGGCCGGCCUUCGGGCCCUCGGCCCUGGGCACCAGGCCGCACUGGGAUGCUGCGUACGAGAGAGAGCUGCGUUUUUUUCAGGACACGGGAGACGCCGGGGAAAUUUGGUUUGGAGAAGAAAGCAUGGUCCGCAUAAUCAGAUGGUUGGAAAAACAGCAGGUCCCCCAUGACAGCUCCGUGCUUGACAUUGGAACGGGGAAUGGUGUUUUGCUGAUGGAGUUGGCGAAAACUGGCUACACUAAUCUCACCGGGAUUGAUUACUCACCUUCUGCGAUAAAACUUUCAGAAAAAGUAAGGGAGAAGGAAGGGAUGUCUAACAUCAAAUUACAGGUGGAAGACUUCCUGGCUCCAUCAGCUGAGCUGUCGGGAUUUCAGAUCUGUAUUGACAAGGGGACUUUUGAUGCCAUAAGCCUUAAUCCUGAUAAUGCGGCUGGGAAGAGGGAGCAGUACGUGAGAUCUCUCCGCAACGUAUUGAAACCAGGGGGCUUUUUCCUCAUAACGUCUUGCAACUGGACAAAGGAGGAGCUGCUGGAUGAGUUCAGAGAAGGAUUUGAAAUUCUGGAGGAGCUGCCAACACCCAAGUUUUGCUUUGGAGGAAGAGUUGGAAACAGCGUGACAGCAUUGGUUUUCCAAAGAGAAAAGUGAGGCCAUCCAUCUCGGGCAAAUUAGAUUAGCUGAGAAAAGUCUGAACUUUAAAGUAAACCUGACAAAAACCUCAGACACGUGUGUAAAUAAAUGUUAUUUGAGUACACAGUAAAAUACUAUGUAUGGAACUCUAAGGGGCUAUAAAACAUUGCCCUAGAAACAUUUCAGCUUUGCAUAACUUGCCUGUAAAUUCUGUCCUUGCUACAACCUCGCUUGUUUUAGGGAAGCUGUGAGUUUGUGUGAGACAAAUAAGGCAUGCCAAAUCUGAAGACCGGUAUAGCCACACGAUGUUGGCAUUUGGAACAUAAAGAUCAGCUAGUAUUUAAUUUCACUAUUGGUUAGCAGCAACCCAUAGCAAAGGCACUCUACAAGGUAAAAAUCUCAUUCCUCUGUUGUGUAUUUGGGAACAAACUUCCAGAUGUAGGCGCUGUUUCUUUUCUUUUAGGUAAACACGGAUAUAACUGUUAAAGAGGGAAAUGAAUGUAGAAGCUGUAGCUCGUGCAAGAAGGACCAGUCAGUGCUCUAAUUUGGGAAUUUGGGAAGUUCUCAGACUCAGCAUAGUUCUGUCUCCACCGACUCCUUUCCCAUAGAGGCAGACUAGUGAGUGUUUUUAAACAUCUCUCUUGCAGGAAUGUAUACGUGCUUUGUCAGUUAUUUCCACUGAUCCCAUAAAUAUAUAAAGACGUGAUGUUAUAAUCUCGCUAGCAUGUG